AUGGUCUUCAUCUGCAAAAAGUGCAAGAAGGCCUUCCGCAAAGAUGCGCGCGAAUUUGAGGACGCCGACGAGUACUGCCCGCACUGCGACAACCAUUUCGUCCUAGAGGCCAAAACUCCCAAGGCGUCGCUGCAAGUCGAGGGCGAGGAUGUGCGAAAGGACGCCAGGAUGCUCAAGGACGAACGUGUACGAGCCGAAGAGAUGCGCACCAUAUUCGAUGUCAAGGAAGCACCGGACAAGUUGGGCUGA